GCUAUUUCAGAUAAAUCGCGUUCGGAGGCUGGCGAUCAGUGGAGAGAAAAAAACGAGUCAAAGAUUUGCGAGGCCCCCAGGAGCAGCUCGGCCGGAAAUCAUAAACAACCCGUGCGCCGAACCAUUGUCUCGGAACCGGAAUUGGAAUUUUGGACUAGGCGCGGCCACAUGUGACGUGCGUGGUGUCAUAAUUUUUGGACGGGAACUCUACCCCCUUCUGGAUUUAUGUUACAUUGUGUUGGGUUGGGGAUUUGGCGUGGAGGAAAAAAGGGAGAAAUUUAGUUGGGAAAAUAUGCACUAACACCGAUGCCUCGAUGAGUUUGGGGGAAUAAAAAGUGGUGAUUGUAUUGAACUAGUUCAGUUAUUUGAACAAUGGUAGCUCGAGUGAAGUCAAUUUUGCUGGGAAAACAGUUUGGUUGUGUCCAAUUACGAGUGGGAUCGUGAGCAAACUAAUCAAAAAUCUGCGAAAAAGUUUUUUUUUGUGUUAAAAAGUGAAAAAGGAAACAAUAAAAAGCAGUGCUGCCAGUUGCUGGUGAUGGCCGAUCCUCAUGUCGGGGACCGGUAAUGUCCGCCAACCGCCACCACUCGCCGUACAAUGCGGGCCCACGAUGGGCCAACAAUCAUCACUAACGACGACCACCACCGGUGCCGGCCAGGCCAACAGUUAGGAGGAGGAAGAGGUGGGGAAGAAGGAAAGGGAGUUGGGAGGACUAAACGGACAAGUUUGGGAAGUUUGGCAGUGUCAGUGGCCACAGUGGUGCUGGUCACGACUUUUUUGGUGGUUCCGGUUGGGGCUGGCCCGCGGUACUCGUCGCGGAUCGUCGAAACCAAGUCCGGAGCGAUCCGGGGCGUCAUCCUGGAGCUGAACUCCAAGUACCUGGAACCGGUGGAGGUCUUCAAAGCCGUCCCGUACGCUGCUCCACCCGUUGAGAACCUCCGGUACGAACCACCCCAGAAGCUGCCUCCGUGGAAGGGCACCAAGCUGGCCGACACCUUCGGGCCGGUCUGUCCCCAGAACUUCCCCGACAUCUCGAACCGCACGGUGGCGCUCGCGUCGAUGCCCAAGGGCCGCUACCAGCACCUGAAGCGCCUCCAGCCACUGCUGGCCAACCAGUCCGAGGAUUGCCUCACGCUCAACAUUUACGUGCCCGGCAGCGGAAGCCGCGGCCUCGAGGCACCAUACUCGAUCUUCUUCUACAUCCACGGCGAGGGCUACGACUGGGGCUCCGGCAACCCGUACGAUGGGUCCGUGCUGGCCAGCUACGGCCACGUGAUCGUCGUGACAGUCAAUUUUCGUUUAGGAAUCCUUGGUUUUCUGAAAACGCGUGCCUCCCCAUCGCCCGGUCCCGGGGGAAACCUCGGCCUGAUGGACAUCGUGUUCGCACUCCAGUGGGUGCGCGACAACAUCGCCGCGUUCGGCGGUGACCCCAAGCGGAUUACGUUGGUCGGCCACGACACCGGGGCAGCGCUGGCCAACAUGGUGCUGAUCUCGAAGACGGGCAAAGGCCUCAUCCACCGGGCCAUCCUGCUCAGCGGUUCGGCCCUAAGUCCGUGGGCGCUCAUCCCGGAUCCGGACGCCACCCGGCAGGAGGUGUCCCAGCAGAUGGCCUGUCACCUGUUGGUGGACCCCCCGCCCGGGAAGCCAGCUCGGCGCCCAUCUACCGACGACAUCACCGACUGCCUGCGGGACAAACCGCUGGAGGCCCUGAUGGGCGUAAGACUGACCACGGUGCGGUUCAUGCCGUCCUGGGGACCAUUCCUGCCGCUGGAGGACGCACUCGAUCCGGAGUUUGCCAUGGAACACUCCGGCGAGGGGUUCAUUACGAGCGAACUGAUGCUGGGCAUGACGACCACCGAGAGUUACAACGACUUUAGUGCGUCGGAUAUUCAGUACGGCCUGGAGGAAGACCAGCGGAACCGGUUGCUGCGGACGUUCAUCCGGAAUGCGUUCACCUUUCAUCUGAACGAAAUCUUCUCGGCCGUGCGGAACGAGUACACGGACUGGGACAAGCCGAUCCAGCAUCCAAUCAACAUCAGAGACUCAACGAUGGAAGCACUCAGCGAUGGCCACACGGUGGCUACGUUGAUAAAGGUGGCCUAUCUGCACGCCAGGAGGGGCGCCAAAACGUACAUGUUUCACUUUGGCUACCAGAGCAAGGAGAGCGAGUAUCCGCAGCGGCUGGGCAGCGUCCGCGGCGAGGACCUCCCGUACAUGCUGGGCCUGACGCUGGUCCAGGGCGCGCCGUGGUUCCCGCAGAACUACUCGCGCCAGGACAUGGGCGUGAACGAGGCCGUGCUCAACUUUGUGACCAACUUUUGCAAGACGGGCGACCCGAACGAGGCUGGCCACCAGGCCCCGCUGCUCCAUCCGGAUUACGGAACGGCCAAGGAACGGACGCGCUUCCGGGGCAUCAUGUGGGACACCUUCGAGACGACCACCCAGCAGUAUCUGAGCAUAUCAACCAAACCGAAGAUGCGUAGUCACUACCGGGGCCACAAGAUGGCACUCUGGCUGAACCUGAUCCCACAGCUGCACCGGCCCGGCGACGCGGAAGUGUCCAUGCGGCAUCAUCACUUCCGCGAGCGCGAGCCGCACUUUUACGCGGGUUCCGUCCGGGCAGAGUCCUUCAGCCGGCCACGGAUGUUCGGGGGCGGAGGCGCCGGCGGAGGAAUCAUCAACGAUGCCCAGGAAUCACGGCUCGAGUCAUUUGGGACGGAAUGCACUCCGGAUCCGACGAUGGGCGAGGUGCUGCAGGAGGGCAACGGGAUGCUGGACGGCGGUGGGAUGCUCAGCGAGGAGGAGGAGGAGGAACUGCUGGAAAAGUUGGCCAACCGGCACUAUUACAGUUACACGGCAGCGCUGGGCGUGACGGUCGGCGUCGGUUGUUUACUGCUGCUGUUGAACGUGCUCAUCUUUGCGGGAAUCUACUACCAGCGUGACAGGUCCCGCCGGCGGAAGGCCCAACUGAGUGGGUUGGCAACGGGCGUUGGAGGAGGCAGCAGUGGCAGUGGCACCGGUUCCGGCGGCAAUGGAACACCGUGCAACAACCCGGACGAGGCAGACAUCCCCCUGACGACAAUCCCUUCGCCCUCACCCAGCUGCAAAUCGAAACGUGGUGGUGGCACCGGCGUGGUUCACGAACCUCCCCCGAGCUACGCCACGCUGCCGAAAAGGAGUAACGCCGCCAGCCAGAGUAACACCACGUGCAGCACCCUGACUGGCCACCAUCAGCACCAGCACCAGCAUCACCUGCAUCAACUGCCUCAGCAGCAGCAACUGCAUUCCGGAACGAAGGACACCAACCUGACGACGGCCACCCUGGGGCGGGCCGGCAGCUUCUCCCACAAACAACAGAACCAUCUCCACCAGCAACACACCUCGGUGACCAUCACACCGAACCAACCCCCGCCCUCCCAUCACCAUCACCCCCACUCCCAUCCGGAGGCCACCGUCCACCAGCACCAAACCCUCCCCCGCUCGUCCUCCUCCUCCAUCAAAUCCGCUCCCCUCCCGCCGAUCCGAUCCUCCAGCACCAACGCCACCUCCUCGCCCAUGUCCUCCUCCCCCGUUCCCCCGCUGGGAGUGACGUCCUCCCCCUCGCCCUCUUCCGCGUCAACCCAACCGGCCGGCCAACCGGUCCCACUGACGUCGAUUCUUGUAAAUAGUAGCCAACACAACUACCAACAUCACCACCAGCAUCAACACGUGGCCGGAAGUGGCGGUGGUGACGUCAUCACCGUAGAUUUGGUCAACUCCACGUGUCCAGGAGGAGGCGGAGGCGGUAGCAAUUUUAUCACUAGUGGUAGUAGCUUAGGAACUAAUAGUAAUGGCGCAGGACAUCACCACCAUCACCAUCACAGUCAUGGGGGUGGGCAGGGAGGUGGUCCAGGGGUAGGUCAAACGGGAGCUGGCAGUAGUUCGACGCUGAAAAAGCGCGUUCAAAUCCAGGAGGUGACCGUAUAGCACCGGUACAGCACAGCUGACGACGAUCAGGAAGCUGUGUGAGGACAUAAAUGAACAUUAAAAUAGUCAAGAGAAAUGGUAAGAACAACUGAGUGAAGAAGGGAAGUCGUUGGAGGAUCGAACGAAGUAAAGUACUA